GCUGAGGGAGUGCACUGCAGUCUACGCACAUCCGGGAGUUGGUCCUGGGGUCUUUUCCCCUAGUCGGUGUGUGGGUAGGGCAGGUGGGCUCUAGAGGUAUGCUAGCAGGUAUGCUCUAGAGGUGGAGAUCCGGAUGCACGUACUUGGACUGCAACGCUGUUGAGACCUGGCCGGCGCCAUCUCCUAGUGCAUAUGGGGAAACAGAUUUAGAGAGGCGCCCUCACUUGUUAUUGAUAAUGCCGGUGAGGAUCUGGGAAGAAGGCUGCUCUCAGGCCUCCCGCUUUGAUUCCUCUCGGAGCGGUUACAGGUGGACAGAGUUGCGUCUGGAGUCUGGCAGAGCCGAGUUCUCCCAGAGUUCUAUUUUUGAGGAUUGGCAGUUAGCAGGGUGGCAACUACAUCUGAGAACCAAGACACUGGAGAACCAAAGCCUGUGAUCCAUCCAACUCUACCCAGCUAGGGCCAGGGACCACUCUCAGCAUCUACCUCUACAGCUGAUAUCACAAGGGAGACUUGGGAACUUGGGAACACUUGGGAACUUUCUCCAAGACAUGGCACUUUGGGGUCAAAGUCUGUGGGUCCUCCUCUCUGGUCCCAGGGGGAAGAGGGGAGCCAUCUGGAGCUGGGCCUUAAGCUCAUGUUCCUCUCUGAUUGGGCUGGUGAGUGCCACAGGGCUGGUCAGCCACUGGACAGAGGUAUUUAAGAAAAGAGGUAUCCCAGAGGCCCGGGAAUCCAGUGAAUACAUCGUGGCUCAUGUCCUUGGAUCCAAAACAUUUCAGAGCCUGAAACCAGUACUUUGGACCCAGCCAUUGACCCCCAAACAACUACAGUACAUCCAGGAACUAUGUAGCCGUCGACUACAGCGGAUGCCAGUGCAAUACAUCCUUGGGGAGUGGGACUUUCGGGGACUCAGUCUGAAGAUGGUACCCCCAGUGUUUAUUCCUCGGCCAGAGACAGAGGAACUGGUUGAAUGGGUUCUAGAGGAAGUGGCUCAGAGGUCCUAUGCAGUUGGAGCCCAAGAUGGUCCCCUCAUUCUGGAUGUGGGCUGUGGAUCAGGAGCCAUUGCCCUCAGCCUGCUGAGCCAGCUCCCUAAGAGUCAAGUCAUUGCUGUGGAUAAAGAGGAAGCUGCUAUUAGUCUGACCCAUGAGAAUGCUCAGAGGCUUCAGUUGCAGGACAGGAUUCGAAUCAUCCCCCUUGAUGUGACCUUAGAGGGCAGCUGGGCACACCUUCUGCCCUGGGGCCCUGUGGACUGGAUGGUCAGCAACCCUCCCUACAUCUUCCACAAGGAUAUGGAGCAACUGGCCCCAGAGAUCCUCAGCUAUGAAGACCCAGUGGCCCUGGAUGGUGGGAAGGAGGGCAUGGACAUCAUUGCUCAUAUCCUGACCCUGGCACCCAAGCUCUUGAAUGCCUCUGGAAGCAUCUUCUUGGAAGUGGACCCAAGGCACCCAGAGCUUGUCAGAAGUUGGCUUCAGAGCCAGCCUAACCUGCACCUCAAUCUCGUGGCUGUACGUAGAGAUUUCUGUGGCAGGCCUCGGUUCCUGCACAUCCAGAAGUCUUCACCAUAGUAUGGCUGCCCUGUGAACACCUGGCCAGGACCUUAGCUUGUAUGGGUGCCUGGAUGGCUCUUCAUGGAUUACUGCUCAGAGGGAGGUAUAUGGUGCUUUCCAGAACCCCAGGCAUGCAUUGUGGUAGUUUUGUGAUUCACUAUGACAGAUAUUUGGAGAUUUGGAGACAAGGAUGAAGUGUUCUUCCUGGGGCAUCAAAGAACAGAGGUGUCCAGUUUGGUUCAGAAGCUGCGUUCUAGUUCAACCCAUCCUAUCAGUGUAGCAAGUUGCUUGGUGUUCCUCUUGGUGAAAUUGCUGUGAAGAUGUUGGAAAAUGUGGCCAGUGAAAUAUUGAAAGAACAAUAAAUGGUGACCUGAUGUUUUUGUUUUCA